UCUGCCGUUAAAAUGGGGGCGGGUUUUUCAACUCAAAAAGCGCUCAAUUUUUUUCUUUUCAAAAAAAGCUGAUGAGGUCGGAAAAAAGAGAAGAAACCGGCACCAUCUCUACAGAGGCAACAGAAGCAGCAGUUGUUUCAGGGAAAAACAGGAGAGAGAGAAGUUGGGAGAGAAGGAAAAGAUCCGAAAGAGAGACGACGUGCAAGUGCCUGUAAGGGUGAAGGGAGCGGAGCCCAGCGAUUCUGGGGAACCGACUACAAAAGAGACUGUCACUGGCAGCAGCGAAGAGACUGGGGAAGAAGCGAGCCUCUCGCUCCGCUCCUGGACACAGCCGGCUGGCAGCCGCUGCCCUGUCGGCGGCACAGGGGGACCUCGGACGCCUGGCGAAGUGGCACGGGGCGCCUAAGCUGCUGGCCGCUUGCCAGGAGGGCGGCGGGACUGGCUGCGCCCUGGAACUGAGGGAACUCCCCAUCCUUAGAACUCGGCCUGCGCCUCCCGGAUUCUCUCCAGCUCCGAAGACGCCCAGAGAACUGGGCGAGGAAGGCAAAGGCGGCUGCGCGGCUCAAUGAGCGCCUGCAGCGGAAAGCCAAAGCGAGCCCAGUCGUAGGCGGGAAGUUACCGGCGAGCUGCCCGCUGCAGCUGCGAUGUUGCGGCGAGCCGCGCCAGCAGCCCGGGCCCCCUAGACGCUUCCCGGGUCGCUCGCGCGCGCGCGUCCUCGGGCUGCCGGGGUCCGGGGACCUGGUGGAGCCGACAUGCCGGGCUUGCAAGGGGCCUGCUGCGUGCUCCGCAGCCUCUGGAGACGGGUGCUGAGCCUGGCUCCCGCGGCCGCGCAGGCUCGGCGGCGCUGCGGCAGCCGGGCGGGCGGGCUCCCGAACCUUGCGACGCGUUGCUAGCCCGCGGCUCGGCCGGGACAAGACCGCAGCUGCUCCAGUGAAGCUGAGAGCGCAGGGCAGUCACUAGGACCUGUAACUUCAGGGCCACGAACUGCUACUCCCAUCUGUCUUUGGCGAUCGUCUUUUACCGCCGGAGCACUUCAGCAUCUAACCUCUGCGGCGCUCAGCUUGCAGCACAGAAGUCGGGAUUACUCUUUCCGCAAGGCGGAUGGAAACCGAGCCCCUUGGAGGCCCUGCCCCCGAAGUUCUGGCCCAAGUCACCACUGUGAUCAAGGGACCCUGAAGAAUGGCCGAACCGUGGGGGAACGAAUUGGCGUCCGCAGCUGCCAGGGGGGACCUAGAGCAACUUACUAGUUUGUUGCAAAAUAAUGUAAACGUCAAUGCACAAAAUGGAUUUGGAAGAACGGCGCUGCAGGUUAUGAAACUUGGAAAUCCUGAGAUUGCCAGGAGACUACUACUUAGAGGUGCUAAUCCAAAUUUGAAAGACCGAACUGGUUUCGCUGUCAUUCAUGAUGCAGCCAGAGCAGGUUUCUUGGACACUUUACAGACUUUGCUGGAGUUUCAAGCUGAUGUUAACAUCGAGGAUAAUGAUGGGAACCUGCCCUUGCAUUUGGCUGCCAAAGAAGGUCACCUCCAGGUGGUGGAGUUCCUUUUGAAGCACACAGCCAGCAAUGUGGGGCAUCGGAACCAUAAGGGGGACACCGCCUUUGACUUGGCCAGGCUCUAUGGGAGGAAUGAGGUCCUUAGCCUGAUGGAGGCAAAUGGGGUAGGGGAAGCCACAGAUCUGCAUUGAGUAUGAGGAGACCUUUCCCACAUUGCCUCUACUUUGUCAGUUAAUUGGUUGGCUGCCUUGACUAUUUUAAUAUCGUUCUUUAAGAUAGUUUUUUUUUUCAUACUUUAAGCAGCUGGUUAAAUCUUCUGAAACUGCCUAAGUGAAAUUCUUACUACAGGUUAAUGGAUAUAUUUAAGCAACAUUUUUCCCCCCACUGGCAAAAAUCCUGAUUUCUAACAUGUAAUUGCAAAUAACUUUGCUUUCUUCUGAACAUUUUACCUUGCUUUGACUUUUCUUUGCCUAUUCCAUUACUCCUUUGCUGAUCUCAAUACCCAACUUGGAGGCUUUGUUUUUAAAGUGGUUUGCGCUGGUGCUUUUUCUGCCUAAUUAAAACACUUUUUCAGAACAGGAUAAUGUUUUUCUGUGAUUUUCCUCUUCUGUAACCCAUACAUAACUUAGUACAACUAAGAACUGUUCUAAAAGUUCAUGUUUUAAGUCUUAGAAAGGUAGACCAUUUGGGAAACUAAAUAUAUUCUGUUUGUAAUUCAGUUAUUCUUUUCUUUCUCUCCCUCAUCCCACCCUACAGAAUUUACUUGAUGCCUAGUGUUUCUUGCUUUAAAACAAAAUAAGAGUAACAUUUUUUGAGGAUCACAUCUGAAAUCAUUUCUGUAUGAAUUUCUCCAAAUGUUCAAUCUUCCAUUUUUCUCAAAGUCAGAUAGUUGAACUUUCAGUAGUGUUCUAAAGACAACUGUAUAUAAGCUCUGAAGCCACUUUAAAAAAUUAUCACUUUAAAAAUGCUUCCAUUGAUUUUUUACAAUCACAAAAUGAAACAAUUCACUAAUAUAUGUCCCAAAAUUGUACCAUAAGUAUACUAAGUGUAAUGCUGCCUUUUUCUUCCUGAAUGUCAGAAAUGUAAAAUUAUAAAAUCUUUAAGUAUUAAAAUGCAAACUCUAACUUUUAGGUGAUAAAAGACUCAGCAAGGAAAAAAAUGUAAAUUACAUAUGAAGUUCACAGCUGUCUACAGAAUAAUGAAUGUAUAAUCUUUUACAAUGAAUAAAAAGCCAUUGUACCAUAUGGUACUUGACUUCCACAAAA